AUGUUUUCUAAAAGAAUACGAAAUAAAAAACUAGAAACGAAUAGACAGCACAUGGUGUAUUACGCAGACGAGCUUGAUCAGUCCUUGCUCCUUGACUACGUGCACACAAACUUGAAAACGGGUGUAGAACAGGACGAAGAAAAAGAAAUUCAUCUGAAAAAGCUGCUGGAGAGUGGUAAAGGAAAUAUAGUUAUACCGAAUAUCACGGUUAGCACCGAUAAAAUCAGGGAAUAUGGCGAGUACAGGCCGCCAGAAAAGUAUAUCAAGUAUGAAAGCGAUGUUUCCAAUGAGUACGUGUUGCAAGAGGAGGAUCGCAGGUUUUUAGAACAUGAAAAAAUAGAAAUGGCAGACUUUCAAAAUGUUAUUAGGGCAAUCGGAACCAAAGAAUACGAAAAACUGGAAAACAGCGAAGUUAAAGAGAGAAUAACGAAUUACUACUCGAAGAGAACGGUGAAGGUCAUAGGAAACGAUGACUAUGAUGCGUAUUUAUGUUUUAGGAAAAGAACAAAUGUGCCCGGAAGAAAAACUAGAAGAAGCGAGGCAAGCACACUGGAAAAGCUUAAACGUGCGUAUCUGGAAUUCAGUUACAUCGACAAAUUGUUGAGUUUAAAAAACGAGCAGCAGAAACUCAACGAAGAGAUAUUGUCGAUUGAUUACGAAAUAUCGGGGAUAACGGACGUGCUGAGAACAAGCUGCUGUCCGUCAAAGAGAAAGAAAAUAUACAGAAAAUUAUACAGAAAAGAGAAAGUCAAAAAGCCUUUGCCGUUUUACAAGACUUGUAGGUCGUUCGGUGAUUUAAUAAGCGAUCGGAAAAAAAUCUACGAUUUGAAAAAGGCUAUAUUGAAUCCGAAGAGGGUGUUGAGUGAAAAAGAAAUCGAAAAUGAAAGCAGAGUAAUGAGCAGGAUCAACAAGACAAACCACUUCAAAUAGUUGUGUACAAUUAUUAAUUUAAGGAUCAUAGAUCUAAGAAUGGCUGUAUAAGUAAAUUUUUAUAUUUC